CUUCAGCAUGGCGUCAGGGACACUGUGCCCCGGUGGGUGCUUCUUCUGGCAGCACUCGGUGGUCAUGGCGCUUCCAGUAACCCGUGUGUUACAGACGGCAAGGCCCUUGGCUCGGCACUGUAACCUGCAUGUCACCCCGGCAUUCAAGAAGGCCAAAACGGGAGCCGAGCAGAGGUGGUUAGCCCGGCAGACGAGCGACCCUUAUGUGAAAGCAGCGCAAGCAAACAACUACAGAUGCCGGAGCGCCUUCAAACUCCUGGAGAUUGACAGCAAAUACAAGCUUCUGCUUCCAGGUCAUAGCGUCAUCGACUGCGGGGCCGCUCCUGGAGCUUGGAGUCAGGUGGUUGUUCAGAAAGUAAAUUCCUUGGGCACAGAACCCAAUGUGGAUGUCGGCUUUGUAGUCGGAGUGGAUCUUCUUCACGUCUCUCCGUUGGAAGGAGCCGUGUUCCUGUCAGACUCUGAUAUAACCGACCCCGUCACCCAAAAUAAAGUCGUUAGCCUUCUUCCCACCGGGAAAGCAGAUGUCGUCUUGAGUGAUAUGGCUCCCAAUGCCAGCGGGAUCCGGGAACUGGACCAUCAGAAGCUGGUCAACAUGUGUCUUUCCCUCCUCGAUUUGACUGAAAGAGUCUUGCGUCCGGGGGGCAGCUUUCUUUGCAAGCUGUGGGACGGAGGCAAAAGCUGUCUCGUACGAGACAGGCUGCGGCAGAGAUUUCAGGACGUGAGGAACGUGAAGCCGAAGGCCAGCAGGACGGACUCUGCCGAGACCUAUUUAUUGGCGAGAUUUCACAAAGGAGACCCGUCUCCGGCAAACUAACGUACUUUACACGACGCGAAGGACGUGGAAUCCUAAAAACGACGCAAAUUUACAGCCACGUUAUCGUCUUGUUCUGUUUACCGUUAUUUGCGAGUGAAGGGGUUGGUGUGGUUGUGUCACUUAAUGUAGGAACAGCGACAAUAUACCCCGCGUUCAAAAGUUUGGGGUCACUUAGCAAU